CGUCCGCCUUGUCUUUUAGCAGGCUGCUGUUUUCAGUCUCGAUCACGGAGUAGCUACGAUGGCCACGCACGAAAGGAGCUACAAGCACUUUAGGGAGCUGGUCAUUAAGCAACCCCCUGGGUUGCUCCACAUCCACUUCCAGCGGGGAUGGAAUCGCCGCACCAUCUACGAGCUGAUGCGCGCGCUGGAUCUGGCUAAUGCGGAUACCGGUAUCCAGCUGGUGGUGCUGUCGGGAGAGUUCUGUGCUGGAUGCGGCAGCGAGGCGGAAUCGCUGGCCCUGAAACAGGGUCAGGAGAAGAGGAUGCGGCAGAGUGUGGGCCAGCAGGAAGCGGUGGGCAGCAACGAUGUCGAGGAGCAGUACAUUCACGAGAAGGCGGCAAACUUUGUGAUGCGCUCGCUGGCCAAAAAGCUGCUGGCGCACAGUAAGCUCCUGGUCGCCUUUGUCGAGGCCCAAUGUUUGGGUUUAGGCCUCAGUGUGUGCAGCCUGUGCGACCUGGUCUUCGCCACACCGUCCGCUGCCUUUGAGCCCGCCUUCUCGCACAUGGAUGCUUGCACCAAGGUGGGCCCCGGGUGGACUGUGCCCCACGUCAACUGGCUGCUGCGCCUGGGCGAUCGGGCGGAUGCCAGCACUGCACUCCACAGCGGCCUCGUGGCCAACGUGGUGAGUGAUCCGCAGGGGUUCUGGCGUCGCAUGGACCAGUAUUUGCUCCUGCCCACCGCCUCCUUGCUGGCAACUAAGCGUCUCUUGCUCCGUCCCUGGCGGGAACCCCUGUUGGCCGAGCUGCGCGCGGAAGGCACUCCGAUGGCUGCGCAGCGACGACGCUUAGCCAAAAGCAAGCUGUAGGAUGGGAUCCGUUGGAGAUCUGGUUAAUUAGCUAUUGUAUAAUAAAGACA